AUGGACGCGCAGGCCAACGCUGUGCCUUUUCCUGUCUCUCCGGGUGGUCAGAAGUCCUCUGCUACUUCAGUCGAGCAGCAGCCGGUAGUUUCCCGGAAAACUGUUCCGAUUGGUGAUUUGCGAAUCACUCCCCCUUACGAUCCUAACCUCCCUCGGCAAUGUACAUAUCCCAACUUCAACGAGCAUCUAACAAUCCUUCAACGACGGCAGUUUAAGCUGUUCGUUAAAAGUCUCAAGCAGCCUAUCGCCAUUGUCCUACCGACAAAGCGUAACUACUACGAUAGCAGGCUGGUUAUCACUAACCUCGACCAAGAGCGUGUCCUCGUCAAUCUUGAAAAGCACCCACUAGCCCCCAUUGAUGAAGGAGACCAGGCAAGUUCUGGUGACGCGGAAGAUCAGAGUACUGCUGCUGCCGGCGAAGAAUCCUACCAAGGAUCCAACGAGGGAUCUGUCAGUCCCAUUGACGAUGACGAUAAUGAUGAUGACACCGAGGAACCUCCUACCCCUCCCCGUCGUUCCAUUCGCAUCAAGUUAAUCUCUAAGACUAAAAAGGAUGCCGUAGACGAUGCUGGCUCUCGGGUUGCUAUUCCCCAGGACCCCCUCCCGCAUGGAACAACACUCGCCUCAAACACCGGUCCCCCCUCCGAGUCAGCCCCAGACACCCCAUCAAGCCCGGCACGUCUGUCAAAGCGCGGCCGUGGACGUGGCCGUAGACGUGGUCGAGGUCGGGGUCGAGGUCGGGGUGGUGGUCAGAAGCGUAAGAUGGACGACGACGCAGUGUAUGAGUCGAAGGAUGAUGAGUCUAGUGAACAGGAUGGUGUGCGCAAAAAGCGACAUCGGACUGUAUGA